CUCCUUCCCUCGGCGUUCGCCGCCUGAGUUGCCGCCGCCAAGAAACCGCUCCCCCCCUCCCUCCGGGCAGCCCGAGCGGCAAAGAGUUUCGCGAGGCGGCCAGCCCGGUACCGAGCCGCGCGCCGUCUCCCUCGCCAAGCGCUCGAGCGCCUUUCGCGGUCUCUCCCGCUCCGCGGCUUGUUCUCCCGCUCUCUGUGCACUCGGGGAGCGAGAGGGAGGCAUGGCUGGUUGCGGGCUCUCCGAAGAUGCCGCCUUCUCCAUCGCCACCGCCGCCACCUCCUCGUCCUGCUCCUCCUUCUGCAACCUCGCCGCCUCCUGGGAAGCCCCUUUCAGCCAUCAGCCUUUUUCCAGCGCUGAUCUUCCUGCAAAGGAAUGCAACAUUCUUUUCAGCAACACACAGUGCGCUGCUCUGGUUGGUGAAGACCAGCCUCUUUGCCCAGAUCUUCCAGAACUUGACCUUUCUGAAUUAGAUGUGAAUGAUUUGGAUGCAGACAGCUUCUUGGGUGGACUCAAGUGGUAUAGCGACCAAUCAGAAAUAAUUUCCAAUCAGUAUGCCAAUGAAUCGACAAACAUAUUCGAGAAGAUAGAUGAAGAGAAUGAAGCAAACUUGCUAGCAGUUCUCACAGAGACGUUGGACAGCAUCCCUGUGGAUGAAGAUGGAUUGCCUUCAUUUGAUGCAUUGACAGAUGGCGAUGUGACCAACGAAAAUGAUGCUAGCUCUUUGCCAAUGCCUAAUGGCACCCCUCCACCUCAGGAGGCAGAAGAGCCAUCUCUACUUAAGAAGCUCUUGUUGGCUCCAGCUAACACCCAGCUAAAUUACAAUGAAUGCAGUGGCCUCAGCACACACAAUCAUGCAAAUGCCAGUCACAGGAUCAGAACAAGCCCUGUGGUGGUUAAGACUGAGAAUUCAUGGAGCAAUAAGGCAAAAAGCAUUUGUCAACCACAAAAGCCACAAAGACGUCCCUGUUCAGAACUUCUCAAAUAUCUGACUACAAGCAAUGACUCUCCUCAGACCAAACCAACAGAGAACAGAAACAGUAGCAGAGACAAAUGCACUACUAAAAAGAAAACACUUUUGCACUCUCAGACACAUCAUUUGCAAGCCAAACCAAUGAGUUUAUCGCUUCCUUUGACGCCUGAGUCACCAAAUGAUCCCAAGGGUUCCCCAUUUGAGAACAAGACUAUUGAACAAACUUUAAGUGUGGAACUCUCUGGAACUGCAGGCCUAACUCCGCCUACAACCCCUCCUCACAAAGCCAAUCAAGACAACCCUUUUAGGACAUCACCAAAGCCAAAGUCAUCAUGCAAGACUGUUAUGCCACCUUCCCAAAACCCCUGCUGCAGUGAGUCUUCCAGCUCUCAAGGACAUAUUUUCGUUCGGAAGGGUCCAGAGCAGUCAGAACUGUAUGCACAGCUUUGCGAGACAACUGUGCUGUCUGUCAGUCACGAGGAGAGGAAGACAAAGCGGCCUGGUUUACAGCUGUUUGGUGAUCAUGACUACUGUCAGUCUGCUAAUUCAAAAACAGAAAUACACAUUAAUCUGUCCCAGGAACUUCAGGAUUCCAGACAAGUAGAGCUGAAAGGCUGCUUGCCUGGGCGAUGGUGUCAAAUUUGUUCUUCUUUUGAAAAACAUGACCAGUAUGCCAAGAGAGAGACUUCACAGGCAAGCAAGCAGAAUUUGCAGUGCAACAACCGGAAACCGCUCCAAGACCAAGAAAUCCGGGCUGAACUGAAUAAGCACUUUGGUCACCUUAGUCAAGCUUUUUUUGAGGAAGAGACCACUAAGACCAGUGAACUGAGGAACAGCAGUAAUUAUAGUGGUGAACAAUUCUCCAAGCUACCUAUUUUUAUAAAUUCUGGACUAGCAAUGGAUGGUCUUUUUUAUGACAGUGAAGAUGAAAAUGACAAAUUGUGCUGCUCAUGGCAUGGGACACAAGCCUACUCAUUGUUUGACCUGUCGCCUUCUUGCUCAUCCCUUAAUUCUCCAUGCAGAGAUUCAGUGUCUCCACCCAAAUCCUUGCUUUCAAGAUUCCAAAGGAUACGUUCUCGAUCAAAGUCCUUUCCUCAGCGCAGGUCUUGUCCCCGUUCUCCAUAUUCCCAAUCACGGUCAAGGUCACCGUGGAGUAGAUCCUCUUCCAGAUCAUCUUACUGUUAUGAGUCCAGUCAUUGUAGAUCCUGGGAAUAUAGAAGUUCUCCCUUAUAUUCAAGAUCACGAUCCAGAUCACCACAUAGUCAUAGAGCCAGAUAUGACAGCUACGAGGAAUAUCAGCAUGAAAGACUGAAGAGGGAAGAAUACCGCAAAGAAUAUGAAAAACGGGAAUCUGAAAGGGCCAAACAAAGAGAGAGACAGAGGCAGAAGGCAAUUGAAGAACAACGUGUAAUUUAUAUUGGUAAAAUUGGCCCUGACACAAGCCGAACAGAACUGAGGGACCGGUUUGAAAUAUUUGGUGAAAUUGAGGAGUGCACAGUAAAUCUACAAGAUAAUGGAGAUAGCUAUGGUUUCAUCACUUACCGCUACACUUGUGAUGCUUUUGCUGCUCUAGAAAAUGGAUACACUCUACGCAGGUCCAAUGAGCCUGACUUUGAGCUGUAUUUUUGUGGACAAAAGCAGUUUUACAAGUCCAACUAUGCAGACUUAGAUUCAAAUUCAGACGAUUUUGAUCCUACUUCUACUAAGAGCAAGUAUGACUCCAUGGAUUUUGACAGUUUACUUAAAGAGGCGCAACGCAGCUUGCGGAGGUAAUGUGCAACAUGGCUAAGAAUAACAGAGGGAUGGCUAAUACCUCAUGGACAUUACGUCCUUCAAUAAUGGACAAUGAAGAAGUCAUGCUUACAAUUUCUCCUACUCCUCACUCUCUGUAAAAAAACAUGGUUUACAUGGACACAGCUGCUUGAAGAAAUAAAGAGGCAAGAUGGGACUAGUGUGAGCAUUUGUGAACCCCUGGGUCUCAACUUUGCCCUCCCAGGGUGAAGAGGAUGUGGGUUUUAAUCUUUGUAGAGAAUGUCAAGUGGGAACCACUUGAAAUGGCAGCAGUUCCAUAGAGAUACAUUAAAACAACAAGAACUUUUUUUUAAAAAGUGUACAUACGACAUUUUCAAGCAAAGCAAAUUCAAACUUUAGCUGCUGACAUCUGAGACACACUGCAGUUUUUGUUCAUAUUAGUUUCUUUAAAAAAAGUUCCUUCUCACACCGUGUUGUUUUCAUAUGAUGACAAUCCUGAAGAAAACUACAGAUCCUGCAAAACACACCAUCUCCUGUUGUGCUUUUCUCCUGAAGGCAAGAAAAAUGUGGAAGGAUCGUAAACUUCCAUAGCUUUCUAAAGCUUUGUCUUUUUAAUUGUGUUAUCCCUGCCAGUGUCCAAAUGUUUUAUCUAACAUAGAGAAAUUUUAAGGCUGUGCUUAUUAAUCAGCAUAUUUAGUGGUUCUUUUCCUUUGGUGAGCCAACAUGAUGUUACAGUACAAAAGAAUUGAGGCAACUAUUCAAGCGAUGGGAGUUGGAUGUACAGUUAGUUUAUUUACUACAUUCAAGAAUGUAGUCAAGUAUUUACAGAUGUUAAAUGGAGAAUUUUUAUUUUGUGUACAUACAGUAUGACGAAACAAUGCUCUUUUUUGUUACAGCUAUGCACUGUAAAUGCAGCGUUCUUUUAAAAAUUGCUGAAUUUUUCUUAAUCAAAAAUAUUCAAAUGUAAUUAUAUGAGGCAAAACAAUAUUGUACACUAACAUAUUCAGAAAGCUGAACUUAUGCUUAUAUAUAUUUGAUUGUAAAAAAAAAGAGAGAUAAGUGUGGGAGUGCCUGUGUGUACGUGUGUGUGCUGAGUGCAAAAAUAUUGAUGCUUUACGCACAUCAUCCACCCUUCUUUAAUAAUUUAUCUAAUAACAUUAACCAGAAUUCAUCCAAAGUUAAGAACUGCUCAGGUCUCUUUUAUUAGCCUGUCUGGAAUAGUUGCCCCUGCCCUUUAGCAUGCCUGGAAAUGUCUCCAUCAGUGCUUUUCCGUCAGCGAUGUGUCACAGUGUGCCAGGUGACAGAACUACUUACAUCUGAAGAGCACUGAUAUACAUUUCCCAUCAACAUGGUUAUAAGGUAUGGUGGUUGUCUGUCAGAAUAUUAGACAUUCUUCACUUAGUAGAAAAUGUGUCACCAGCAUAGAAAUCUAGUUCAGGAGAGAGAGAGAGAGGGGAUAUUAAAAUCAUGUGACCUCCUGACGGAACUCCCAAGUUGGACAGUUUCCUGCUUUGCUUGCCAGAAGGCUCACAGGUUUCUGUGAAGAACAUGAGGUUGAUCAUCUGUUUGUAAUCAGAGUUUGCUUUAACUAUGAUAUGCAGUUUACUAAAAAGGCUGUCCUGUGGUUCCCAAGUUUACUAGUGCCUGGUUAGAAGUGGUGAAAUUACUGGAUAAGAAAACUCAGGAGAGUUCCUGGAAAAUCAUUUCUGCUUAUUGAUAGGAAUGUUAGGAAAUAAGUUUUUAUUAACUUUUGGCCAACUGGCAAAAUGUAUGUUGAUAGGUUCUCCGCUUACUGUCUAGCCAGCAGGUAUAGGUGUUAACAAGAACUGUCAAAGAAACUGUCAGUUGUAGCAACAAACCUUCCUUUCUGGGUAGUGUGUGCAUAAGAGGGGCUGAAGUUUACACUACACUUUACACAAAGUAAACUUUUGCCAAAGCAAAAGACAUAAAACUGGUAAAUUUGGCUCCACUGAAGAGAUGGCAGGUGACAGCUAAGGGUGCAACAUGGAGAGAAGGGAUGGGCAACAAAGGAGAUUAUCCAUUGACCUUCCUAGCCCUGUAUCUUUAGCACACUUCAGAGGGAAAAUCAAGCAGGCACAUAAACCCCUCUUUUUGAAUUCAGUGGGAUUUAAGACCACAGAGCUGUCCAUACAUGCUAGAAGCAAGCCUAAUUGAACUCAGACGUACUUUUGAGUAAGUGUACAUUAGAACUACAUCGUAAGUGGACUUAACUUUGGCUGGAUCACGCCAUUUGUCAAGAACUAUUUUAGCCAACUAGGCUAUAAAAUAUCCUUUGUAAUAUUUUUUUCCACAUUUUUUUGUUUGCAUCUCUUUCUUUAACUGUUUUAUAUGCACAAAAUUUAUUAAAGGGGAGGGGAGAGAUUUUUCUCAUUUGAAAGUUUUUCUAGGAGAUAUAAUUUUAUGUAAAGCUUCUUAAAUGGGUGAUCAUUAAGAAGUGUUUUUAUUUUAUGUACUGAUGAUAGUUUUUGGAUCUUGGAAGUCACAACCCUUUUUUAAAAUUAUGCUUUGUUUUAAUUCUUGUGACUUUUGAUUUGAUAAAGGAAAAUUGUAGUACAGAGCACACGUACAGUUUUUACAAUAGUUCUUUGUGUCUGAGCACUGUUCUUGAAGCCAGUAAUCUUUUCAUUGGCAGAGUUCAAUGAUUAUCUAUGAUUUUAAAAUAUAUGCAUCCUGUAUAAACACUAAUUCUUCAUUCCUUUGUUUACUUAAAGAUACAUAUUUAUUGGUUGCAAUUAACCUAUUUAUUAUAAAUAAUGAGGUGACUAAAAUAAUAAAAAGGCCAGUGGAAAUUUUAUAUCUAGGAUGCAUGCUGGUUGUAAGGUUGCUAAAUGUAUUUUUGUUUGAUGGGGGGGGGAACAGCCUUCUUUCCAGCAGCAGUGACUCUUUUCCUCCUCUUAUUAUUAUUAUUUAACUAUGCACUAUUAUGGCCUUAGAGGUGCCCAUGACAUUGUGGGAGCCUUCAUAAUGUAUCAGAAAUUGUCGUAUCUAUUUGCAGGUUUAUGGGCUGGCACAGUGCAAGCCGAUAAAAUGGACUAACUUGCACAGCCAUAUGACUGAUAUCUUGUCCAUUUAAGUCAUUCCUGUCAUUUACCCUGUUGGAUUUUAAUUCAGGCAUCCGUUGCAAGGUUGUUACUUUUGUCACGUUUUUCUAUCGGAGUGUUUGGUGCUUGUUUACAGAAUCAUAAGAAAUUCCCCAGAGCGCUUAAGGCUUUAAGAAUGUAUAUAAAACCUCUCAGUUUGCCCAAACCAAUUUUUUUUAAUGCCAUAGGGAGCAUAAGGAAGCCUUUCUACAGGCAAAGCACUCUGCGUGGAGAAUCCCAAAAGGGCUGAGCAAAGCCCUUGUCUCCACCUGCCUACACAUGAGAUAGCUCAAGCAUUAUCUGGCCCGUGUGCCCAGAUCGCCAGCUAGCCAGCUCUCCUGCUCCAUAGUUCAAAGAAUAAAUGACUUCAAGCAAAGAAUGGAUUUGAUGCAGGGAUUAGAGACAUUUCCAUUUACCCACAUGCCCCCCUCUGCUUUACAGAGUAUGUACAGGAAGGCAACAGGGCAAUAGCUCUCCUGAGCCUCACUGGGUCCACUGCAUGAGGUAUAGGGCACCCACAGGGAAUGUGGUCAUGCCAGUGUACCCGUCUGCACACUGGGGAUUAAGCUGGCAGAUUAUUGCUGCAAAUGAUCGGCAAUAAUUUGCCAGUUUAAACAAUCCCCAGCCUGCAGAUGAGUACACAAGGAAGUUAGUGGAAUACACAGUCAGGCUUUUGUACAAGCUCUUUAGUGCAGUACUGUCAGGUAUGUAGAAGGGAAGGAAGCCAAGCUCCACUCCUGUUCGCAGGUAUAUUCAAGUGGAGAUGGGUAGUUGAAACAGCACAUCUCUUUUUGUACUUGGGAAUUUAUUUAUACUCAAGCACAAAUAUAAAUGCAUAAAUAUUGUACUAAAUGACCACUCUUUAAAUGUCAUGACAGCGGAAUUGGUUCCUAGGGUGUUUUUUUUUUUUUUAAAGCUAAGUUCAUCUUCAUGUGCAUGCAUAUACAACAUCUGAAAGCAACUCUGCAAGAUGCAGUGGGUGGACUGGAACCAUGUGACUUGGGGCCAUUACUUGCAUCUUUCCUGCAAGUAAGACAGAACAAAAGAAAGUUCUGUAAUGUAAGAGCAGGACCAUCUUUAGCUUACCCUUCAGAUGUUUAGGCAUAGAAGGAUGGAGUUCGCUAUGUGAUCUGCCUGUUCAAACAGGCUGGUUAAUUUUCUAGGCAUGACUAGAGUUCAAAAAGUUACUUUCAAAAAGUAAUUAGUUGCAAUUACUAGUUUUUGACCCCUCCAUAGCUACCUAUUUUAAAAGUAACUUUCCUGUUUUUCAAACACAGCUAGUUACUUUCUAGUUACCUGAAAAAAAAUCAGAAUGCUACGAGCUGCUGGCUUGUUAUACAAAACACACUUUCCUCCUAUACACUUAAUCACCAUUUCAGCACAUAAAACAACACAAUGUAAAGCAUGAUCCUAGUGGCAAAAGGAUAGAAUAGGUUUGUUGGGCCAACAUAAAAUUCUGUGUAUGAUUUCUUGCCAGGAAUCAUAUGGUAAGAUAACAAGUCUGAUGCCUUCCAGUAGGAGUGUGUGGACUAUCAUAUGUACCUUAUGAGAGGCAUAAGGUGAUUACACCAUUCACUGAAGUAAGGCUUUUUUUCCUCUCCCAAGGGUUGCCCUAAGUCAAAAUUGAUUAUGAUCAUUAAAGUAGGCAAAUUGUAGCUGGAGGGUGGAAAGGAAAGGAAGACUGUUUUGAGCAUUGAACUUCCAUCAAAAACUCAGGUGUAACUUGACCAGUCAAGGCCCAAUUAAUCUGUGGUGGGCAAACAGACCAUGAUCCCCCUUUAUGUCCUCUAUUCAGAGAGAUGUGCUACCCCUGCAUUCAUUUCUGGUGAGCCACAGCUAGCAGGGCUACAUAUGGGUAGGAAAGGAAUUUCCAUGUGAGAGGCUUUGCCUAUCACGGUUCCAUUGGCUCCCAUACUGAUUAUGAUCUGAGUAAAACAGGGAUGGUAUAAGUGGAGUGCACUUAAAGCUGUUUGGCAUUCAUAAUUGUUCUUCCCUUCUACCCUGCAAAAUGUAGGAAAACUGAUUUCAUCUCAUGAUCUGUGUAGCUAUGUCGGAGAGCUGCCCUCAUUUUAUCACCAGCAUAUUGUGUUCCAGUAGGUUUUACUGUGUCUUGUUCCAUGCUCUCUCUCUUUGACUUUGUAUUCUUGAGUAGUUAGCAAUAAAAAGAGAACUUUUUCACAAGUUCUGUUUUGCAUACUGAAGCACCCUUUUGAUCUGACUAAUUCUUGCCAUUCAUUGCUUUGUAGGUUGAAGAAACAGGUAUUUUAACUUUUGAUUGUGUGAAUGCCAAACUAAACGUUUACAGCUUUUUUUCUUUUUGGAUUUUGAGUGUCUUCUAUUGUAAAGAGAAAAAAAAUUAAAGCAAUAAAUUAUUUUUUAAGAAAUCAGUAUUUAGUACAUCAUGUGUUCAUGUGUUGAAGGACAAGAAACAUUGCUCAUCUUUGUGUUUCAAUUUAGUAACUAUGUUUGAAAUACAUUCACUUUGCCCUGGAUGGCUGACACAAAGAAAAAUGUGUGUGUGCAUGUGUGUGUGUGUGUGCUCCCUCCCCUUUUCUUCCAAACAGCUGCUAUAUCAUGGGCAGAUUUUAUUUAUUUAUUUUUCUCUCCAGCUGCUCUAAGGAGUAUAUUUCUGGG